AUGGCGAAUGAGUCCCCUCCUCCGCGGCGGAGGCUCGUUGGCGAGCCUCUUCUUUAUGUUAUGACGAUAUUCGUCAGUCUUGGUGUGUUUCUGUUUGGCUAUGACCAAGGCGUCAUGAGCGGGAUCAUCACAGGCCCCUACUUCCGAAAAUACUUCGAGUAUCCUGGGCCUAUAGAAGUUGGGACAAUGGUCGCUGUGCUAGAGAUUGGCGCCUUCAUCACCUCCGUCGCUGCUGGUCGCGUCGGAGAUAUCAUCGGUCGUAAAGGGACUCUGUUUAUGGGCGCCGUGAUCUUCACGUUCGGUGGUGCUAUCCAGACGUUCACCUUGGGAUUCUGGAGUAUGGUCGUUGGCAGAAUCGUCAGUGGUUUUGGAGUCGGUCUCCUCUCAACAAUCGUCCCGAUUUACCAGAGCGAAAUCUCACCUCCAAACCAUCGCGGCGCACUGGCAUGCAUGGAAUUCACUGGCAAUAUCAUCGGCUAUUCGUCUUCGGUGUGGACCGAUUAUUUUUGUUCGUUCAUUGACAGUGAUCUGUCCUGGCGAAUACCACUGUUCAUCCAAUGUAUGAUUGGGUCUAUCUUGGCCGGGGGUUCCCUCGUACUACCGGAGAGUCCUCGGUGGCUCAUUGACACUGGCAAGGAAACUGAAGGCAUGCAAGUCAUCGCCGACCUCCAUGGUGGUAAUCCCAACAACCCCGUGGCCGUCGCCGAGUAUGAUGAGAUCAAGGACAAAGUCCUCGAGGACCGCGCUUCCGGCGAAGAAAGGUCGUACCAGGUAAUGUGGCGGAAGUAUAAGCGGCGUGUUUUGUUGGCGAUGUCUUCGCAAGCCUUCGCACAGCUGAAUGGGAUUAAUGUUAUCUCGUACUACGCACCUCGUGUUUUUGAACAGGCUGGCUGGAUUGGCCGACAGGCCAUCCUUAUGACCGGCAUCAAUUCUAUUAUCUAUGUUUUGAGCACUCUUCCCCCGUGGUACCUUGUUGAUCGGUGGGGACGUCGGGCAAUUUUGCUCUCGGGCGCAGUUAUUAUGGCCGCCUCGUUGGUCGCCACGGGCUGGUGGAUGUACAUCGACGUUCCACAAACACCUAACGCAGUGGUGCUGUGCGUCAUCAUCUUUAACGCUGCCUUUGGUUACAGCUGGGGCCCUAUUCCGUGGCUGUAUCCUCCCGAAAUCAUGCCGCUCAACUUCCGGGCAAAGGGUGUCUCCCUCUCAACUGCGACGAACUGGGCAUUCAACUGGAUUGUCGGCGAGUCGACGCCUUACCUACAAGAGAGGAUCGAAUGGCGGCUAUACCCAAUGCACGGGUUCUUCUGUAUCUGCAGCUUCGUGCUCGUGUACUUUUUGUACCCCGAAACGAAAGGCGUGCCUUUGGAAGAGAUGGACGCGGUCUUCGGCGAAGAGGCGCGCGAAGAGCAGCUGGACAACGAAUCGGAGACGACAUCCCUGGUGCAAGGAGCUCAAGCCGACCCCGAGCGAUUGCGGACGUCCCGGACUGGCUUUGAGGAUACAGGUAACGAGAGACGGCCGAGCUGGCUCUCUCGUCUGUUUGCUAGAAAUCGCAGCCGUUCGGACUACGAGCCAAUCAGCCAUGACGAUCAUUAG